GUUUAAAAAUUAAGAUAAAUAUAUAUAAAAAAUCUUCUUCCUUCUCGGGCCCUCCCCUUCCCCCCUCCCCCUCCCCACUUCAACAACUACUUUUCAUUCCAUUUUCGCCGCUAACUUUUCUUCAUCUUAUUAGAAUAUAAAACACUCCCUCAUCUAUUUAAUAUACUAAUUUUUAUUUGAGAAAAUUGACUGUUUUCUUUUUUUUGAAAUUUUUUUAAAAGUAGAUUUUGUUAGAAACUUUCCCCAGCUGGAAGGGACGUUUCGGCGCAUAGGCAUUAGUCUUGAUAUUGAUAACUUUGUCUUAUGAUCACCUAGAAACCUGAAAUUUUGUGUAGAUAUCCUCAAUAAGUGUAGCUAACCCAUCCAAAAAUUUCAGAAUUUCUGGUUUUGUAAUUCUGAAAUUAUUGACGAAAAAGUUGUUUUUUGAAGAAGAAAGUGCCUAUAUUUGUUGAUUUUCCUUCCAUAACUUUUAAAAUAAUUUACUCAACAUUCUGAAAUUUUUUACAAAUGAUAUUUAAAACUUGCAAAUAAAUUCUUUUAUUUUUUCUGUCCCAAUUUCUUUAACUUUUAUCUGAAUUUUAAUUAAAUUUAGAUUUACCGUAACUGUCCCGCGCCGAAACGUCUAUACCCUAUGUUUUAAAAAUUAAGCUUGGGCCUUAAAAAAAUUUUUUUUGACAGUCAUAGGGGUUAGAAUUCUCAAAAGACUCUCAAGAAUGCUUGACUUAAAAUUAAUCUCACAGUUACCCUUACAGUCUUACAUUUCGAAUUUUUUUACUUCUAUCCUACUUCCCCCCCCCCCCCCCUUUUUUUUUUUAUUAUUUUUCUCGUCUAGUCCCCAAUCCUCCCUUCAUUUACUUACCCCUAUUGUUUGCUCAACAGAUAAGAGAAAAGUAGUGUAAUGAAAAUAUAUAUGGGUGGAGCAACAAAAAAUGUGUCGGCCACCAAAUAAGGCGAUCAGAAAAAUUUUUUCUCUUCUCGACUUUGUUUUUGAGGGCUUCUGGGCCGCUUUUAAGAGACUUAAAUAUUUUUUAUUUAGUCGGCUUUCUUUACCCAAUUUUUCAGUGUUUUGCCGAUCACUUUUUUUUUGUUAAUUUUCUCUUGUCUUUUAAUCCUCUUUUGCCUUCCGUAAAUAUGGAAGUGCAUUAAAUUAAUAAAUAUAUUUUGGACUUUCUUUUUAGUGUUUGUACUCUUAUGGGACUCUAAUAUACCUAUAAGGAGUGCAUUAUUUGG